GUAAUCGUUAUUUAGUAAAAGACAACUUUUUAUCGUCAUCAAUUUUGCAUUACUUUUCUACGUCGUUAAAUGGUGGGAAAUAAAAUAACAAAUACCUUUAAUAACUAGAAAUAUGCAAUUUCAAUAAAAACUACAUUAAAGAAAAUAAACUAAAACAAGUUUUUAUAAAACAAAAAAAAAUAUACAUCAACGAGCAAAGAAAAUGUAAUAAAUAAAAUUGUUUAUCUAUUGAAAAAGAUGAAAAAGUCAAUAAAAUAAAAACAAUUGAAGAGUACACCUAUAGCUGAACUCUUCACUCUAAUGUGGUGAGCCAGUAGAGAGAGAAUGAAAUAAAUAGUGAGUGCGGGAGUACAGAAAAACUGGAAGAAGAAAAAAAUUUCUUUAGUCGCGUCCACUAACAAAUCAACGUUAAGAAAGUCAAAAAGCAAAAAAUAUCCUUACAAAAAAUAAGAAAAAUUUGAAAAAAAAAAAUAGUGCACAAAUAAUUUUUAUUAAUAAAUAGAAAAUAAAUUAUAAUAAAGUAAUUGUUGUUGUAAAAAAUGCAUAAAACAAGUAUUAAAUAGGAAAAUAACUGUACUUGUAGUGUAAAGACAAGAAUUAAAGAAAAAAAUAAUAAAAAUAGACCAAAAAACCGCUAAACGUAAUAAUAAGAAACGAAGCAACAACAAUACGUAGAGAAAAUUACAACAACUAAAAAUAAACUUCAUUCUUCAGUUGAUGGACGAAAGGAUUUAGAGUUUCUAUACGAGAGUUUAAAUAGUGAUUGCUUUUUCCAUAUAAUCCAUGGAUUCGAAUGAUAAUUCCACGGAUAAGGAAGAUUCUUGUGGCGCAAGUAUGGAUUUGAAUAUUGACAACUAUCGGCCAACUAGUGAAAAUACCCAAAAAGCGGCAAGUAGUGAUGAACAUGGCUCUAUUAAGAAGUUGUUAGUUAAUCAAGUGCCUGCAGAGAUUGAGGAUGAUGAGGACGAGGAAGAUGAACAUACAGGUGAGGAAGAUGAAGAUGAUGGAAAUGAUUCUUUGGAACAAGAAGAGCACGAUAUUGAAAUGAAAUUGUUGAAUGAAACGGAAAACAAUAAGAAUGCAGGCAUUCUUCAAGGAGAAAUAAAAAAUCAUGCCAACCUUAAGUCCGCCGCCCCAGAUGAUACCAAUAAUACAGCCAAGGAUAAAGCAACACAUUCUAGUAACGAAUUACCCUCCUCAAUACAAUCACCCCCCAGUUUAACCUGUGAAAAUGAUGAUAAAACACAAUCAUCGUGUAUAACUUCUCCUCAUGCUUCCACUCCCGGCUCCACACCUCCCUCAGCGACAGUUGUUGGCCCAGCUAUGGGUCAAGAACGUUCACCAGCGAAUUCAUCUGUUAAUACACCGCCCACAGACACCAGUACGCCUAAACAUUCUCCCGAAUCUGUACCCCAAAGUCCAACUACUUUGGCCAAUAAUUGUAUACAACAGCCCAUCAAUGUGGUGCGCAACGGCACAAUACCGAAUGCUGGCAAACCAUUGCUAUCGACCAUGAGUAAAAAAUUGGAAAGAUCUGUAAAAACAACACGUACACGAAAACCAAAGUCAUCGGUGGCCAUGUAUGAAAGUGAGAUAAGCGAAAAUCAGAGUGGCAUUAAGUUGUGCAUAAAGAAAUCAGACAGUUCACUGAAUACCUCAGCCGUUAUGGCUGCCGUAGCCAGAGGUCUUAAUAAAUCGGGCACAUCAUCGGUGAGAAGUCGUAAAAGUUCAAGAACUGUUAAGCAGCGUGUUAAACUGGAUGAUCAUGAAAACGAUGAAAUGGAUUAUGAACCUAAACGUAAAAAAGAACGUAAUACAAAAAGACAAACACCUUCAGCCACGGCCGUAACAAUAAAUGACACUGAUGAACCCAGAGAAGCAAUAGAACAGACCAUAUGGGGAUCACAAUUACCAGAACCAGUACUUUUUAAGAUUUUUCAAUAUGUUGUGGAUAAAGAAGGUUGCCUUCCAACACUAUUCCGUUUGGGUAGGGUAUGCUCACUGUGGCGUCGCGUUUCAUUGUCCCCUACCUUAUGGCGUGUUAUGGAUUUAAGUACUUGGAUAAAGGAAAAGUAUCGCACGGAGUUGAAGCUGAAAUGGUUUGUGGAUAAUCGUUGUAGCUGCUGUACAGAAUUGAAUGUUUCACAAUGGAAAGUCACUGAUAUCAAUUGUUUUUUGUUAAAACUUGCUGUGGGUGCUCCAAAUUUAACCAGUAUCACUUUGUCCGGUUGGAAAGGUUUCACUUAUGAUCAUUUGGGAUAUCUGGUUGAGAAUAUGAAAAAACUCGAACGUAUAGAUUUAAGUUCCGUUAAUGUUGAAAUGAAUGCUAGUAAAAGUGCUGUGGGAGUACAAUCACUGUGCAAUUCUAUGCAAGUAAUGGGCGAACGUUUAACGCAUCUCUAUUUGGCGCACAAUCGUUUAGCUGGCAUACCACAAUUAGUCAAUGUUUUAUCGACUCAUUGCCCAAAUUUAGUACUUUUAGACUUAUCAAAUGUAACAACUCAAGCCACAUCUCAUGGUAUUUUACAUAUAGAAAAAUUACAGCAAGGCUGUCCAAAACUUAAAGUUUUGCGUAUUACAAAUUCUCAUAUAACCUUAAGUACAGCUUCACUGCAGGAAAUGAUGGAUUCCCCAGGUUUUCCCGAAUUGGAGGAACUUUCUGUGGCUGUUACCGAUGAAUCACGUGUUAUUGGCGAUGAACAUAUUCAACGUAUUUUGAAAUCAUCUUCAAAAUUAAAACUGUUAGAUGUUCGUGGCUGCGCUCGUUUAACCCAUGAAAGUCUUAUACGUUUACCUGCUUGGGAUAUAAAACAUUUAUUUUUAUCUGGCUGCUCAGUUACCAGAGAUAUGGGAUCGGGUCUUGAAUUGAUUGCUUCAAAAUGGGCUCAUAGUCUAAUCGAAUUGGAUCUUGCUUGGGCUAAUGUGCAACUUCCGUUGGAUAACGCCCUACGUGCCUUGGCCGACAAGGGCGCUGAGUCACGUUUAGCUCAUCUUAAUUUAUGUGGUUCGUCCGUUUCCGAAGAUGCUGUUAAAGAGAUUUUAGCCAAUUGUCCUCUAAUGAGCACAUUAAAUUUGUCAUCAUGUCGUGGUUUGCCACGCGGAGUUAAACGUCAAAUGCAAGGACCCCAAGAACUCAAUGAAUUGAGAGAAGUUUUAAAAGUUCAAUUAAAAGUCAAAUUACCAGAAACUGUAACAGCAGCUCAAAAUGAAGCGUCGUCGUCUUCGUCUACAACUGGACCCACAACAACGAGUGCAAAUACAAACGAUGGUGGUGGUGGAGGUGGUGGUGUUGGUAGUCUAUAGUGUUUAUCUUAAAAAUAUAUAUAUUUUUACAUAAUUUAAAUGUAUUUAUCCUUUUAUUUUCAAAGUUUUAUUUGUCCAAAUUUUAUUAUUUUUUUUUUAAUUUUCUUUAGCUAUAUUUGUAAUAGCUUUUCUUGAACAUUUUCCAUACCUCUCUCUCACUCUCUUCCAUUAUAAUUUCCAAAAUUUUAGUAAUACUUUGUAUACAAACAACAACUGUAUUUGUAUUAGCGUCCUUAUACAUAUUAGAUUUCUUUAAAUUUAAAUUUUUUCCAAAUUUUUUUAUUUUAACUUUUUUAUGAUUUGUUGUAAAUUUUUUGAAUUUUUUUGUUUAUAUUAAUAAAAUCCUUUUUUUUAAUAUUUGUGUUGUAAUUUGUAUAUUAAAUAUUUUAUUAAUAACAACAUAUACAUAAAUAAUACUACACAUUUCCCUAACUCCCCCUUCCUACCACUCUAUAUCUUAUUAUCUCUCUCCUUAUACGACAAGUUGUAAUAAUUAAUAACAAACCUGUUUAUAGCAAUAUUUUAAAUUUGAAAAAUUUAAAAUUUCUAACUACAACAUUUUAAUAAAUAACACAAAAAUCACAAGUAAAAACAAAAUCUUAUCUAAGAUUAUUAAUAUUUAAGGUUUAAGCAAAAUUAUUCAUAAUUUUCUUUCUUAGUUUAUCUUUUAUGUGCAAACGGUUUUUAUCUACAGAUUUUUUUAAAUUAUAUUUUAAAAUCUUUUCACAGCCUCUUUACUAACGUAAAAAAACAAAACAUACAAGAUUAAAAAAAAAACAAUGUAAUUUAUAAGAAAAUUAUAUUUUGUUGCAUUAAAAAAAUCGU